AUUGAUCUUCUUUGUUGUCUUCAUUCAGGACUUCCUGCUGCAGAUUGUCAGCGUGAACUCAAAUCCAACCUGAAGAAGAAGUUCCAGUCUGUGUUUGAGGGCAUCGCUAAAGCAGGAAACCCAACCCUUCUGAAUGAGAUCUACACAGAGCUCUACAUCACAGAGGGAGGGACUGCAGAGGUCAAUGAAGAACAUGAGGUCAGACAGAUUGAAACAGCAUCCAGGAGACCAGCCAGACCAGAAACUACCAUCAGACAAGAAGACCUCCUCAAAGCCUCAGCUGGAGGAGAAGAACCAAUCAGAACAGUGAUGACUAAGGGAGUGGCUGGCAUUGGGAAAACAGUCUUAACACAGAAGUUCACUCUGGACUGGGCUGAAGACAAAGACCACCAGGACAUACAGUUCACAUUUCCAUUCACCUUCAGAGAGCUGAAUGUGCUGAGAGAGAAGAAGUUCAGCUUGGUGGGACUUGUUCAUCACUUCUUCAGUGAAACCAGAGCAGCAGGAAUCUGCAGGUUUGAAGAGUUCCAGGUUGUGUUCAUCUUUGACGGUCUGGAUGAGUGUCGACUUCCUCUGGACUUCCACAACAAUGAGAUCCUGACUGAUGUCACAGAGACCUCCUCAGUGGAUGUGCUCCUCACAAACCUCAUCAGGGGGAAGCUGCUUCCCUCUGCUCGCCUCUGGAUAACCACACGACCUGCAGCAGCCAAUCAGAUCCCUCCUGAGUGUGUUGGCAUGGUGACAGAGGUCAGAGGGUUCACUGACCCCCAGAAGGAGGAGUACUUCAGGAAGAGGUUCAGAGAUGAGGAGCAGGCCAGCAGGAUCAUCUCUCACAUCAAGACCUCACAAAGCCUCCACAUCAUGUGCCACAUCCCAGUCUUCUGCUGGAUCACUGCUACGGUUCUGGAGGACGUGUUGAAGACCAGAGAGAGAAGAGAUCUGCCCAAGACCCUGACUGAGAUGUACAUCCACUUCCUGGUGGUUCAGUCCAAAGUGAAGAAGGUCAAGUACGAUGGAGGAGCUGAGACGGAUCCACACUGGAGUCCAGAGAGCAGGAAGAUGAUUGAGUCUCUGGGAAAACUGGCCUUUGAUCAGCUGCAGAAAGGCAACCUGAUCUUCUAUGAAUCCGACCUGACAGAGUGUGGCAUCGAUAUCAGAACAGCCUCCGUGUGCUCAGGAGUGUUCACUCAGAUCUUCAGAGAGGAGAGAGGACUGUACCAGGACAAGGUGUUCUGCUUCGUCCAUCUGAGUGUUCAGGAGUUUCUGGCUGCUCUUCAUGUCCAUCUGACCUUCUUCAGCUCUGGUGUCAAUCUGCUGUCAGGAGAACCUGGACCAAUGCGUCUCUACCAGAGUGCUGUGGACCAGGCCUUACAGAGUCCUAAUGGACACCUGGACUUGUUCCUCCGCUUCCUCCUGGGUCUUUCCCUGGAGACCAAUCAGAGUCUCCUACGAGGUCUGCUGACACAGACAAGAAGUACCUCACAGACCAAUCAGGAGUCAGUCAAGUACAUCAAGAAGAAGAUCAGUGAGGAUGUGUCUCCAGAGAAAAGCAUCAAUCUGUUCCACUGUCUGAAUGAACUGAAUGAUGGUUCUCUAGUGGAGGAGAUCCAAUGGUCCCUUAGUUCAGGACGUCUCUCCACAGAUAAACUGUCUCCUGCUCAGUGGUCAGCUCUGGUCUUCAUCUUACUGUCAUCACAAGAAGAUCUGGAGGUGUUUGACCUGAAGAAAUUCUCAGCUUCAGAGGAGGCUCUUCUGAGGCUGCUGCCAGUGGUCAAAGCCUCCAACCCUUCCAGCCCUCACAGCUCCCUCAGGUCAUGUGACAUGUGUGUUGUUUUGUGUGUCUGCAGCCUGUCAGGCUGUCUGAUCACAGAGGAAGGCUGUGCUUCUCUGGUCUCAGCUCUGAGCUCCAACCCCUCCCACCUGAGAGAGCUGGACCUGAGCUACAACCAUCCAGGAGACUCAGGAGUGAAGCUGCUGUCUGAUGGACUGAAGGAUCCUCACUGGAGACUGGAGACUCUCAGGGUGGAGCCUGCUGGAGUCCAAUGGAUGACACCAGGUCUGAGGAAGUAUUCCUGUGAACUCACAAUCGACACAAACACAGUAAACAGACAACUCAAACUGUCUGACAACAACAGGAAGGUGACAUGGGAGGAGGUUCAGUCACAUCCUGAUCAUCCAGACAGAUUUGACUCCUGUCCUCAGCUGCUGUGUAGAACUGGUCUGACUGGUCGCUGUUACUGGGAGGUCGAGUGGAGCGGAUACGUUAAUGUAUCAGUGAGUUACAGAGGAAUCAAGAGGAAAGGAGGCAGUAAUGACUGUGUGUUUGGAAACAAUGAUCAGUCCUGGAGUCUGUGGUGCUCUGAUAAAGGUUACUCUGUCUGUCACAAUAAUACAGUAACACGCAUCUCCUCCUCCUCCUCCUCCUCCUCCUCCUCCUCCUCCUCCUCCUCUGGUAGAGUAGCAGUGUAUGUGGACUGUCCUGCUGGCUCUCUGUCCUUCUACAGAGUCUCCUCUGACUCACUGAUCCACCUCCACACCUUCAGCACCACAUUCACUGAACCUCUUUAUCCUGGGUUUGGGUUCUGGUUCAGUUCCUCAGUGUCUUUGUGUCCUCUUCAGGACGGUGAGUCUCCUCCUGGUGGAGAACCUUCCUCUCUGCUCACCACAUAGUUCAGUCUGUACAGCUGAUGGAGGUCCAUGUGGGUGUAGGUGCAGGUGGAGCAGGUGAGGGGUACCUGAGCUGGUCUGGACUCUGGGGGUCCACAGCUCUCUGGGACUUGUGCUGUUGCAGAUGAACGUGUGAAAGAGCUCAGCGAGGUGUGUUUUAAUGUCUCUGUGCUCGAUGCCUCUGUGGAUGAAUCAAUAAUCAUCAUUUAGAUGUUGGCUCCUAAUUACAGUUUAAUCUUAAUCUUUAUGUGUCACAAUGUUCAAGAAGACAUUUUAUACGACUAAUGGAUCUGUUUGAUAAAU